UGAACCACAUGGGAUGCUUUGCCCGUUUACAUAUGCUGCUGAGAUGUGUCUGCAGCCAUACCUUUUGCUUGAGAGAAAGCUACAUCCAUGGAAAAAUUACCAACAAUUGAGUUGUUAUUACACUUCCUUUGCUUGUUAAUCUUAGUUUCUGUUGGGAGCAGUAAUGGCCACAUGAUUAAUCGCUUGGCCUCUGAACGGGAAGCUCUCGUGGACUUCAAAACUGGGCUUCAUGAUCCUGAAAAUGUGUUAUCUUCAUGGAGAGGCAGCAAUUGUUGUCAGUGGCUUGGUAUACAGCGUGACAACAAUACAGGAGCAGUUGUAGCCGUCGACAUUCACGGCAUGGGUGGUGAGAUAAGACCGUCUUUGAUGCAGCUUAAGUCACUAGGGCAUUUAAACUUGAGUUUCAAUUCUUUCAACGGCACAGCAACACCUCAAUUCUUGGGAUCACUGGACAAUUUGCAAUAUCUAAACUUGUCAUAUGCUGGUUUUGGUGGCCUCAUUCCUUCGAGUCUGGGAAAUUUAUCUCACUUGGAAGUUCUUGAUCUCAAGGUACGACAUGACUUAUCUAUUGACAAUUUCCAAUGGAUAACUGGUCUUAUCUCUUUAGAAUAUCUUGAUAUGAGUGGGGUCAACCUUUCAUUAGUGAAGGAUUGGGUUGAUGCAUUGAAUCAGCUACCUUCUAUAUUUGAAUUGCAUCUAUCUGGUUGUAGCUUGUUUGGUUAUGAUCCAUCUCUAGUGUCUUUAAAUUUUACUUCACUUGCUGUUAUGGAUCUCAGCUUCAAUAACUUCAAUUCAAAGAUACCUGAUUGGGUUCAAAAUGUAAGCAGCCUCCAAUAUCUUGAUAUGAGUGAAAGUAAACUAUAUGGAAGAAUACCACUUGGUCUGGGUGAGAUGCCAAAUUUAGUGUCAUUGGAUUUAAGUCUCAAUUACAAUUUAACAGCAAGUUGCUCCAAACUCUUCAGAAAAAGAUGGGAAAAGAUAGAAGUUAUUAAUUUUAGAGAAAAUAAGGUACUAGGAAAACUACCCUCAUCCUUGGGAAACAUGACUUCUCUCUCUCGCCUUUAUCUUGAUUCCAAUGCCAUUGAAGGUGGUAUUCCGAGCUCUAUUGGAAAACUUUGCAACUUGAAUCGCUUUUCUUUGUCAAGAAAUAAUGUGACAGGAAAUCUACCUGAAAUUCUUGAAGGAAUAGAAACUUGCCCUUUUACGAAUCCUCUACAUAAUCUACAAUAUUUGGUCUUGAGCCACAAUCAGUUAGGUGGCAAAAUCCCACACUGGUUAGGUCAACUAGAACAUAUGGUUGGACUUGACCUCAGCUAUAAUUUGUUUGAAGGAGCUAUCCCUACUUUAGGAUCAUUGCAAAAUCUCAAUAUCUUGCAACUUCGAAAGAAUAAACUCAGCGGGACACUUCCAGAAAGUUUAGGACAACUUUCUGCCUUAUCGGGGUUUGAUGUUUCUUCUAAUCAAUUGACAGGCAUAGUAUCUGAAAUUCAUUUUUCAAAGUUGACCCAUCUGACUUUCUUAGACUUAUCCUUCAAUUCAUUCAUUGUGAAUAUCAGCUCCAAUUGGAUGCCUCCAUUCCAAGUAGAAGUACUUAUAGUGAGUUCAUGCAUUUUGGGACCUUCAUUUCCAGCCUGGCUCCAAUCACAGAAAGAGAUAAAACUUCUAGACCUCUCAAAUGCUAGCAUUGCAGAUUCUAUGCCAAAUUGGUCAUGGAUAGGCACGCCUCACUUCACUUUCUUAUCUCUUUCUCAAAAUCAGUUUUUUGGACAAAUACCAGAGUCUAUAGGAGAGAAGUGUGAUUCUCUUUUGACCAUUGAUCUUUCAAGAAACAACUUCAUGGGAAGGAUCCCUUCAAGCCUUGCAAACUGUUCUAACUUGAAUGCACUGGACCUUAGCCACAACAAUUUGUUUGGGGCCAUUCCAAAUUCUUUAGGUCAAUUGCAAUGGCUCAGAUUAUUGCAUCUAAGUGACAACCACCUCUCGGGGAGGUUGCCAUCAUCAUUUAUCAAUUUAUCCUAUUUGCAAACCUUGGAUCUUGGAAACAAGGAACUUUCUGAUGGAAUUCCUUCUUGGAUUGGAGAUGGAUUUUCUUAUCUUGAAAUUCUUAACUUAAGAUCCAAUGCAUUCUUUGGAGAGAUACCUCAUGGUCUCUCAAAACUAAGUUCACUUCAAGUCCUAGAUCUUGGGAGAAAGACUUGAGUGGUAGCAUUCCAGCCAGCUUUGGUGAUUUUAAAGCAAUUACUCAUGAGAAAAGAAGGGAAGAAAAGACACAUUAUCUGGUAUAUCAAGAUGUGUACAAUAAAUUAGUCUCCUACCAAGUUGAGAACUAUCAAGAUAGGUUGGUUGUGAAUGCAAAGGGCCAGUCAUUGAUGUACACCAAGACUCUUUCUCUAGUCACCAGCAUAGACCUUUCUGGAAACAACUUAUCUGGAAGAUUUCCCCAUGACAUGACAAAACUAUCUGGUCUAAUGUAUUUGAACCUGUCAAGAAAUCACAUAACUGGCAGCAUUCCUGACAGCAUAUCAAAUAUGCGCCAACUUUCAUCACUUGAUCUCUCAUGCAAUCAACUUACUGGUUCUAUUCCUCAAAACUUGCCUUCCUUGUCAUUUUUGGGCUACUUGAAUUUGUCUUACAACAACCUUUCAGGUGACAUACCUUAUACAGGUCAAAUAACAACUUUUGAGGCAUCUUCAUUUGCUGGAAAUCCUGGUCUUUAUGGUUGUCCCCUUCCUGUGAGGUGCCUACGUAAUAAUGAUCAUCCUGGUUAUGGUUCUGAUAAUGACGCAAGUAAUGACGAAACAAAUGAUGGUGAUGCUGAAGGGUUCAUUGAUAAGUGGUUUUACUUGAGUCUUGGUGUGGGGUUUACAGCUGGGCUUUUGGUACCCUUUCUCAUAUUAGUGAUGAAGAGAACUUGGAGUGAUGUUUACUUUGAUUUUGUGGAAGAUGUUAUUGUCAGAUUUCUUGUGUUGAUGCAUAAAAGAAGACUCAAGAAUCAUGGGCGCGAGAUCAAGCCUAAUCACAAACAGAAGCUCUCGUGGACUUCAAAACUGGGCUUCAUGAUCCUGAAAAUGUGUUAUCUUCAUGGAGAGGCAGCAAUUGUUGUCAGUGGCUUGGUAUACAGUGGCUUGGUAUACAGGAGCAGUUGUAGCCGUCGACAUUCACGGCAUGAGUGGUGAGAUAAGACCGUCUCUGAUGCAGCUGAAGUCACUGCGGCGUUUAGACUUGAGUUUCAAUUCUUUCAAUGGCAUAGCAAUACCUCAAUUCUUUGGAUCACUGGACAAUUUGCAAUAUCUAAACUUGUCAGACGCUGGUUUUGGUGGCCUCAUUCCUUCCAGUUUGGGAAAUUUAUCACGCUUGGAAGUUCUUGAUCUCAAGGUACGACAUGACUUAUCUAUUGACAAUUUCCAAUGGAUAACUGGUCUUAUCUCUUUAGAAUAUCUUGAUAUGAGUGGGGUCAACCUUUCAUUAGUGAAGGAUUGGGUUGAUGCAUUGAAUCAGCUACCUUCUAUAUUUGAAUUGCAUCUAUCUGGUUGUAGCUUGUUUGGUUAUGUUCCCUCUCCAGUGUCUUUAAAUUUUACUUCACUUGCUGUCAUGGAUCUCAGCUUCAAUAACUUCAAUUCAAAGAUACCUGAUUGGGUUCAAAAUGUAAGCAGCCUCCAAUAUCUUGAUAUGAGUGAAAGUAAACUAUAUGGAAGAAUACCACUUGGUCUGGGUGAGAUGCCAAAUUUAGUGUCAUUGGAUUUAAGUCUCAAUUACAAUCUAACAGCAAGUUGCUCCCAACUCUUCAGAAAAAGAUGGGAAAAGAUAGAAGUUAUUAAUUUUAGAGAAAAUAAGGUACAUGCAAAACUCCCCUCAUCUUUGGGAAACAUGACUUCUCUUGUUCUUCUUAACCUUGAUAACAAUGCUGUUGAAGGUGGUAUUCCAAGUUCCAUUGGAAAACUCUGCAACUUGAGUCAUUUUUAUUUAUCAAGAAAUAACAUGACAGGAAGUCUGCCUGAAUUUCUUGAAGGAACAGAAAGCUGCCCUUCUAGGAAUCCUUUGCCUAAUCUACAUCAAUUUCAUCUGGACGACAAUCAACUGAUUGGUAAAAUUCCAAAUUGGUUAGGUCGAGUAGAAAAUCUUGUUGAGCUUGACCUUAGUUAUAAUCUGUUUGAAGGACAAAUCCCUAGUUCUUUAGGGUCAUUGAAAAAUCUCACCACCUUGCAGCUUUCAACGAAUAAACUCAACGGGACUCUUCCUGAAAGUUUAGGACAACUUUUUGCCUCGGCAACCUUCGAUGUUUCUUUCAAUCAAUUAUAUGGCACAGUCUCUGAAGCUGUCUUUUCGAAGUUAACCCAGUUGACUUUGUUAGAUUUGUCUUAUAAUUCAUUGGUUCUAAAUGUCAGCUCCAAUUGGAUGCCUCCAUUCACGCUCGUAAAGCUCGGAAUGGGUUCGUGUGCUUUGGGACCUUCAUUUCCAACGUGGAUCAAAUCACAAUAUCUCAUCUUUUUUAGACAUCUCAAAUGCUAGCAUUUCAGAUACUGUGCCAAAUUGGUUCUGGAAUGGCAUGCCUCGAAUGAUGUUCUUAUCUCUGUCUUAUAAUCACUUCUCUGGACACAUACCAGAGUCUAUAGAAAAGAUGUGUGGUUCUCUUUUUGCCAUUGAUCUUUCAAGCAACAAUUUCAUUGGAAGUCUCCCUUCAAACCUUUCAAAAUGUCAUUUCUUGACCACGUUAGACCUUAGCAACAACAUUUUGUCUGAAGAUAUUCCAUAUUCCUUAGGUCAAUUGCAAUCACUUCAAGUGUUACACUUGAACAACAACCAACUAUCGGGGAACCUGCCAUCAUCUUUGAUCAAUUUAUUCGUGUUGAUGACCAUGGAUCUUAGAAACAAUGACCUUUCAGGUGAAAUUCCUACUUGGAUUGGAGACGGCUUUUCAUAUCUUACGAUUCUAAACUUAAGGUCAAAUGCAUUCUAUGGAGAAAUACCUUCUCAGCUUUCAAAAGUAAGUUCGUUGCAAGUCUUGGACGUUGGGGAGAAAUCACUUGAGUGGCAGUAUUCCGACAAGCAUUGGUGAUCUUAAAGCCAUGGCUCAAGAGAAAAUAAUGAUCAGAAAUAUAAUGUACGGGAUAUUUCGAGGUGCGUACUAUCAAGAUAGAUUGAUUGUGAACACAAAAGGGCAAUCACUGAUGUACACCAAGACUCUUUCCCUUGUUACUAGCAUUGAUCUUUCAGGAAACAACUUGUCUGGAACAUUACCCGAAGAAGUAACAGACUUGUUCGGUCUAGUGGUUUUGAACUUGUCAAGAAACCACAUGACAGGCCACAUUCCUGAGAGCAUAUCAAAUAUGCAUCAAUUAUCAUCCCUUGAUCUCUCAAGCAAUCAACCUACUGGUUCCAUUCCUCAAAGCUUGUCUUCAUUAUCAUUUUUGGGCUACUUGAAUCUAUCCCACAACAAUCUUUCUGGUGCCAUCCCCUACAUAGGUCACAUGACAACUUUUGAAGCAUCUUCAUUUGUUGGUAACCCUGAUCUCUAUGGCUGUCCCCUUCCUGUGAUGUGCCAACUUAAUGGUGAUGAUCAUGUUCAUGAUCCAAACAGGGGAACAGGUAAUGACAGAAGAAAUGAAGAGGACAAUGAUGAUGAUGGGUUCAUUGAUAAAUGGUUUUACUUGUGCCUUGGCGGAGGAUUUGCAGCAGGGCUUUUGGUACCCUUCUUCAUAUUGGCAAUGAAUAGAUCUUGGAGUGUUGCUUACUUUGAUUUUGUGGAACUAGUUAUUGUUAAAUUUCUGGUGUUGAUGCGUAAAAGAAGAUUCAACCAUGGGCGUGAGAUCAAGCCUCGCCACAGCUAGUGGGUUUGGUGUUGGCAUUAAUUUCUGGAUUGUUCAUGCAUCUCAUGUAAUAUUCAUAUAAGUGGCAUAAGCAUCACUUUGAAAUGUUCAAAGGGUGAGACAGUGUCUGGAGAAGAGAAAAAAAUGCUGCACAUCUUGUAAUACUUUGAUCCAUUGAAAAGGAAGAAGCCACAUGCUUAUGAGUAAUAACAACGUCUGAUAACUAGGAUCUGC